UAUCUCAGCAUCUCCCAGUGUCUCCAGCAUCUCUCAGUGCCCCAGCAUCCCCCCAAUGUCCCAGCAUCUCCCCCAAAGGCCUCCCCCAGCAUCCCCAGUGUCCCCCAGCAUCCCAGUGUCCCGGCAUCACCCAGUCAUCUCCCAGCAUCCUCAGCAUCCCCCCAGUGUCCCCUGUGCUCUCAGUACAUCCCAAAGUGCCCCCAGCAUCUCUCAGUGUCUGUGUCUCACAUCCUCAGUAUCUCAGCAUCCCCAGUGCUCCAGCAUCUCAGCGUCUGUGCUCCCCAGCAUCUCAGCAUCCUCAGCACUCCCCAGCAUCUCAGUGUCUCAACAUCUCAGUGUCUCAGCAUUCCCCAGGUCUGUCUCCCAGUGUCCCAGCAUCCCAGAGUCCCCAGCAUCACAGUGUCCCAGUCUCCCAGCGUCCCCCAGCAUCCCAGCGUCCUCAGUACGCAGUCCCAGGUUUCAGCAUCUCCCCAGCAUCCCCAGCAUCCCCAGAGUCCCGCGCUCCCCAGCAUCCCCAGCGUCCCGGCACCACCCAGCAACAGGCUCCCUCAGCGUCCCCAGCAUCCCAAGCGUCCCCAGCAUCCCCAGCAGGCUCCCAGCGUCCCAGCAUCCCCAGCGCCCCCAGCAUCCCAGUGUCCCUGCCUUCCAGCAUCUCUAGUAUCUCAGCAUCUCCUCAGCGUCUCUGUGCUCUCAGCAUCUCUCAGUGUCUCUCAGUAUCUCCGUCUCUGUUUCAGUGUAUCUCAGCAUCUCAGAUCAG